CAAUACAACAAUAUAACACCACUAUCCUCCUCUCCUCCCCUUUUAUGGGCUCUAUAAAUUCUUCAAAACCCAUCCUACCAUUUUCCCAUUCCCCUUUAUUGCUCCAUUCCCUCGUUUCUCUCUCUCUCUCUCUCUCUCUCUCUCUCUCUCAAAUAUAUUUACAUUUUCAAAAGAUUCAAUCUUUUUCUUCAUUCUCCUUCACAAUGCAAACCUUCCCUCCCCCUCCUCCUCCUCCUCUUCUUCUUCUUCUUCCUCUUUCUCUUUUUCUCCUCUCAAAUUUGUUAGUCCCCGUAACAUCCAACUCUGAAGGGGAUGCUCUUUAUGCCUUGAGGAGAUCAGUGAAGGAUCCAAACAAUGUCUUACAAAGUUGGGAUCCAACUCUUGUUGAUCCUUGUACUUGGUUCCAUGUCACUUGUGACUCUGCUAACCAUGUCACUCGCCUUGAUCUUGGAAAUGCGAAGCUAUCAGGUAACUUAGUUCCUGAGUUGGGGAAUCUCGAACACCUUCAAUAUUUGGAAUUGUACAUGAAUGAAUUAGUGGGUCCAAUUCCAAAGGAGAUCGGACGGUUGAAAAGCCUCAUCAGUUUAGAUCUCUACCACAACAACCUCACUGCCUCUAUUCCUUCUUCUCUCAAAAACCUCCACAAUCUCAACUUCCUGAGACUGAAUGGGAACAAGCUCAGUGGAAGAAUACCGAGGCAACUCACCAAACUUGGCAACCUAAAAAUCAUUGAUGUAUCGGAUAACGAUCUGUGUGGGACGAUUCCGACAUCAGGCUCCUUCUCCAAGUUCUCAGAAGAAAGUUUCAAGAACAACCCAAGAUUGGAAGGGCCAGAACUAAUGGGAUUUGUGAGAUAUGAAAAUGGAGGAACCUGCUGAUGUUUUGAACUUAAUGUACCUUAGUUAAAGGGAGAAAGAGUUUUAUGUAUUUUGUAAAAAUAGUAUUUCUUAAUAUAUAUUGUAAUGUAAACUAUUGGGAGGUCGUUUUGGUUAGCUUGCUUUUAAAUAAUCCAGACAGAUGUUGAAAAAUAUUCAAAA